AGAUAUAACUAAUAAUUUUUGUGUUCAAUUAUUACAAUUCCGGAUUAGAGUUCAUUGGAUACGUGUUACUUCAUCGACAAUUACUUCUCAGAGCACCCCAUCACAAAAUCAUAAAAUGGCGGCUAACAUUUAA